GCGGCGUUAUCGCUUGGAGUUUGGUUUGGAGAGCGAGCGGACUGCGUGACAGGAAGGGAAGUCUUUGCUGCUGCUGCUGCUGCUGCUGCUGCUGCUGCUGUAGUAGCAGAGAAGAAAACGCGCGGGAAAGAGAGAGAGGAAUGGAUAUCGUUGUAGGCAGAGGAAAGAAAGACGGAGAAUGCGAGAUAGCUACCUAUAGCUUGUAGUAGUAGUAGCACCUGCAUUAUAACAAAUAUGCACCGGUGGUGUCGUCGUCUCAGUCCGACUGGAGAAUCCGUCGAAAACGAGUGAGUCGAAAGAGGAGCAAAGCCGGCCGGUGCAGCGCUUGGAAAAUUUGCGCAUAAUUAUGUGAAUGGACGGCGCGCACUCCGUUUCGGAGCAAAGUAGCGAGGACGAUGCCGUCAAGAGGAAGCUGAUCACCGGGAGCGGUGUCAGCGCAAUGAGCGCUUGGAAGCUUGUGCAGAGGAGAUGCUACGAUCUUCUGUCCCACCGGUACUCGCUGCUCAUCGUGCUGGUUGCACUUACGUGCGUCUUCGUCGGGGUUGUGCAUUUCGGCGAGGUGUGGAUAGCAUGGAGCAAGGAGAAAUACAAGGCCGUUUUUCAUUCCUUCAACGACAACAUUCUAGGCAUAUCAUUCCAGAAGCAGCUCUGCCAGCAUGUACCCAUAGACGUGGUGUACACCUGGGUCAAUGGAUCGGAUCCACAGUUCCUUGAUAAUUUGAAGAAGUACGUGCCGGUGACCAAUGCAAACAGCGCUGCUUCCAGGUUUAGUGAUAAAGAUGAGCUGAGAUACUCUCUGAGGUCCUUGGAAAUGUAUGCUCCAUGGGUGAGGAAAGUGUACAUAGUUACUAAUGGACAAAUUCCAAGUUGGCUGGAUAUGGACAAUCCAAGGGUAUCUCUCAUAUCACACGAAGACAUAUUCACUAAUUUAAGCCACCUGCCAACCUUUUCCAGUCCAGCCAUAGAAAGUCAUAUACAUCGAAUACCUGGUCUGUCAAACAAAUUUCUUUACUUUAAUGAUGAUGUGAUGCUCGGUGCUGCAGUUUGGCCUGAAGAUUUUAUAACUUGGGCUUAUGGACAAAAAGUAUAUUUAGCUUGGUCAGUUCCCGACUGCUCAGAUGUCUGUCCAUGGGCAUGGGUUCAGGAUGGAGCUUGUGAUCCCACUUGCAAUACAACACUGUGUGAAUUUGAUGGGGGUGACUGUGAUGCUUCUGCUAUUGACACAACAGAGAGAGAAUUCAAUGAGGGUGAGAAUGACUAUCCAUACGGGUUUUUGCAAGAAUCUCGCGGCGAGGCAAAUCAAGCUGAAAGACUGCUGGAUGCUCUUAAACUAAAGAAAAAAUUGGAAUCUCACAAAGACGCGAACAAUUCUGAAUUGAUCGCUAUUCGCUCUUUGCUCUUCCAUCACGAAUCUCUUGAAGAUAAUCUAAGAAAUUUAGUUGUAAAUAGUAACAGAAUAGAAGACGACUCUGAUAUUUUUCCUAAAUUUGAUAGAGAUGACGAAAAAAUGAGUAGAGUAGUUUACAACGUAGACGAGAAGAUUCCCACGACUCAGUCACCUAACAUAUCUCGUGGCGUUAGCAAACGUUCAGCGCCUAAAUUAUUCGUUAACGAUGACAUUAUCAAUUUGGUACACGUUAACAAUACUGCAAAGAAUAGUAAACUGGUGUACGCGGGUCGUCAGAAGAAGAAGAGUAGAAAUCUUGAUACAUACGCUGAAUCGUUGCUGUAUGUAAAUAAAAUUUAUAACAAAGCGUACGGCUUGGAACGUCGUAGAGUACCUGCUCACAUGCCGCACUUGUUGGAUCGCACUAUUAUCACAGAGAUGCAAGAAAAGUUUGAAAGUGAAUUCGAUAAGACCUCGAGUCAUCGUCUCAGAGAUUCCGAAGAUAUGCAGUUUGCGUUUUCUUAUUUUUAUUUUGUGCUUAGUGAGAAGCGCUCCGUAUCGGCCGAAGAAAUAUUUGAUGCUUUCGAUACGGAUAAAUCUCAAACGUGGUCUGAUAGAGAAAUUAGAACUUUGCUAUCAAGAAUGUAUCCAUUACCACUUGACUACAGUUUAGUUGUUGAUUUCGGAAACGCAAUACACAAUUGUUCUCGACGAAUAGAUUUAAGUGGCAUCACUACACUGCCACCACCACCUGGCGAAAGAUAUUUAGAUUCCACUUUGCCUAUCGUCACCCGUGAACUAAUUUUAAGAUGCGACACAGUUGUCAACAGAAUACGCUCAAAAUUCGGUCGACUUGAUAAGUAUCCGCACAAAAUAAUUGAAGCCGGGAAGGAUGAAAUUUUUGAAAUGCUGACGAGUAACGUGUCGACUACAGUGAGAUUAUUGGAUGAGAUUCGGAGUGAUCCAAAAAAGUUUAUAUGUCUCAACGACGACAUGGAUCCACUUCGCCGCUCCGAGAACGAUUUGGUCCGAGCUCUCCUCAGUGACUUCUACCGCUCUCUAUAUCCCAUAAGAAGUAGUUUCGAACUUCCUGCCCAGUACCGAAAUCGCUUUACCCAUCGGCACGAACUACUAGAGUGGCGAGCGAAUCGCGCCAGAGCCAGAAACGUGAUGCUGUUGCUGAUAGUUCUCAUGCUCGGUCUAACUCUCUACCACGCGUUUCGCCACAAGAUGCGGAGGUUCUGCCCGAUUCGAACACUGCCGACUCUGCUCGUCUAACAUCAAGCAUCAUUCGGUCAAUACCAAAAUUAAUACUUCGUCGUAAUCUAGUCAAAUUAUCAAGGUGUUGUAAAUAUAAUCGAGUCAAUGAAUGUGCGUGACAAAAAGGUGUAAAGAAGCGUGUACAUAAAGUGAAGGAAGAGAUUGUCUUUAUUGAACUGAUCGAACAGAGAACAAGAUAUAGCUUUACAAUAUCACAAUCUAAUUUUCGCGAAAACUACGUGAUAUAAGAAUAACUAUUUAGCAUGACAACUGUGGAACAACGUUUUCUUUCGCACCAAGAUUGUUACAUGUACAAUUCCAAGAUUUUUAUUAAACCUUUUUCUGUAAAAGUGUA